UCUCAGGUCCAGUUUGGUCGGGUCCCUUAUAAUAGAGAGAACUCUCUCUCUCUCUCUUUCUCUCUCUCUCUCUUUCUGUCUUGCUAGUGAGCUUCAAAGCUGAACCCAAGCCACACUCUCUCUUUCUCAAUCGAGAUAGUGAUAGUUUACUUCUUUUCCUUUCCUUUCUUUGUUUCCGUCUUUAGUUCUCUCUCUUUCUCUCUGCGCUCUUUCAUGGCGAUCUCGAAGAACGUGUUGCUUUAUUUCGGGGCUUAUUUUUUGCGAAAUUACGGGAUUACCUAUUUUUGAAGUAGUAAAGAAGAUCUCUUUGGAUUUGGGUUUGAUCUGAUUUCAAAUUUGUUUGCUUUGUUAGGGUUUUACGUGUUUAGGGUUUUGAAGCUUCAAGUGCACUGUCUAAUUGUUAGUUUUAUUUUUCUUUUUUUUUUCCCUAUUUUUUCUAUUGAGUGCUUGUAAUUAAUAGAGUGUGAAUUUAGGAGAGAGAAGUGUGAAGAGAUGAGAGAAUGCAAGGGUUUUUUGUUGGAUUGGAAGAUGAUUACUAUUAUUACUAUGGUAGCUGUGAGUGAGGGUUUUAUAUAGCUAAUAUUUUAUUAAUUAAGACAAUUUAUAAAUAAUAUAUAUAUAUAGAAAAACAAAAGGAGAUAGAAAAAAAAGAGUGGAAGAUGAAGCUUUCAACGUCAGGGUUGGGUCAGCAGGGUCAUGAAGGCGAGAAGAAAUGUUUAAAUUCGGAGCUAUGGCAUGCCUGCGCUGGACCACUCGUGUCCCUACCAACCAUGGGUAGCCGAGUGGUCUACUUCCCUCAGGGACAUAGCGAGCAGGUAGCUGCCACUACUAACAAAGAAGUUGAUGGGCACAUACCCAAUUACCCAAGCUUGCCGCCCCAGUUGAUAUGCCAACUCCACAAUGUCACUAUGCAUGCAGAUGUUGAAACAGAUGAAGUGUAUGCCCAGAUGACUUUACAGCCCUUGACUCCGCAAGAGCAGAAGGAUACAUUUCUUCCCAUGGAAUUGGGAAUGCCAAGCAAGCAGCCCACUAAUUAUUUUUGCAAGACAUUGACUGCCAGUGAUACUAGUACGCAUGGAGGUUUUUCUGUUCCCCGUCGUGCUGCAGAGAAAGUUUUUCCUCCCCUGGAUUUCUCGCAGCAGCCACCAGCGCAGGAACUUAUUGCAAGAGAUCUGCAUGAUGUUGAAUGGAAAUUUAGGCAUAUUUUUCGAGGACAGCCCAAACGGCAUCUGCUCACUACUGGGUGGAGUGUAUUUGUUAGUGCCAAAAGACUUGUGGCUGGAGAUUCUGUUCUUUUUAUCUGGAAUGAGAAAAAUCAGCUUCUUUUGGGAAUUCGUCGGGCUACUCGACCACAAACUGUGAUGCCAUCAUCCGUAUUAUCUAGUGAUAGUAUGCAUAUCGGACUUCUUGCUGCUGCAGCUCAUGCAGCAGCAACCAACAGCUGUUUUACAGUUUUCUAUAAUCCAAGGGCUAGUCCAUCUGAGUUUGUUAUACCCCUUUCCAAAUAUGUCAAAGCAGUAUUCCACACACGUGUUUCGGUUGGGAUGCGCUUCCGCAUGCUCUUUGAGACUGAAGAAUCAAGUGUCCGUAGGUAUAUGGGUACGAUAACUGGCAUAAGUGAUCUGGAUCCUGUUCGGUGGCCAAAUUCUCAUUGGCGUUCUGUCAAGGUUGGCUGGGAUGAGUCAACAGCCAGUGAGAGGCAACCAAGGGUAUCAUUAUGGGAGAUUGAGCCUUUAACAACUUUCCCCAUGUAUCCAUCACUGUUUCCCCUCAGACUCAGACGACCUUGGCAUCCUGGGCCCUCAUCUCUGCAUGAUAACAGAGAUGAAGCUGGCAAUGGCUUAAUGUGGCUAAGGGGUGGAACAAGUGAGCAGGGUCUUCACUCUCUGAAUUUUCAAGCUGUUAAUAUGCUUCCAUGGACGCAGCCGAGACUGGAUCCUGCAUUGCUGGGGAAUGAUCAGAACCAGUGGUACCAGGCUAUGUUGGCUACUGGUUUACAGAAUCUGGGAAGUGGAGAUCCCCUGAGACAGCAAUUUAUGCAGUUUCAGCAGCCUUUUCAAUAUCUUCAACAGUCAAGCAACCAUUAUCCACUGUUGCAGCUACAGCAGCAACAUCAAGCAAUUCAACAAUCAGCCUCUCAUAAUAUGCUUCAGGCACAAAAUCAGAUUUCAACUGAAAGCUUGCCCCGGCAUUUGCUGCAGCAACAACUCAACAAUCAGCCGGAUGAUCAAGCACAGCAACAACAUAAUUACCAUGAUGCACUUCAGAUUCAAGGUGAACAACUCAAGAGACAGCAGUCAAAUGUGCCUUCUCCAUCUUUUUUGAAAACAGAUUUCAUGGACUCGAGCAACAAGUUCACAGCAUCUACUACCCCUAUACAGAACAUGCUUGGUUCUCUGUGUGCUGAAGGGAGCGGUAAUCUUUUGGACUUCACCAGAACUGGUCAUUCUACACUAACUACACUAACUGAGCAGUUGCCCCAACAGUCUUGGGUCUCGAAAUAUGCUCCUUCACAGGUCAAUGCCUUUACCAACUCAGUUUCACUUACACGGCCAUAUCCUGAGAAAGAUCAUGCUAUGGAGUCUGAAAAUUGCAACAUGGAUGCUCAGAAUGCUACUAAUUUUGGUGUGAAUAUCGAUUCAUCUGGACUCCUACUACCUACCACACUGCCCAGAUAUGCCACUUCUGCUGUUGAUACUGAUGUUUCGUCAAUGCCAUUAGGGGAUUCUGGGUUUCAGAGUUCUAUAUAUGGUGGUGUGCAAGACUCUUCUGAAUUAUUGCCAAGUGCAGGGCAAGUCGACCCGCCAACCCCAAGUCGAACAUUUGUCAAGGUCUAUAAGUCAGGGUCGGUUGGGCGGUCACUGGACAUCUCCCGGUUCAGCAGCUACCAUGAGCUGCGAGAGGAACUGGCACAGAUGUUUGGCAUCGAGGGAAAGUUAGAAAACCCUCAUAGAUCAGGCUGGCAGCUUGUAUUUGUCGACAGGGAGAACGAUGUGCUUCUCCUUGGAGAUGACCCAUGGGAGGCGUUUGUGAAUAAUGUUUGGUAUAUCAAGAUACUUUCUCCAGGGGAUGUACAAAAGAUGGGGGAGCAGGGGGUGGAGUCCUUCGGCCCAAAUGUAGGUUGAAGGAUUGAGUAACGAUGGGGCUAGAGACCUUGUCUGCAGCUCUGCAGAAUGCGGCCGAUUGAGAGCUGUAUGCUGUAUGACAUCCUUCCACGUAUUGACAUGAAAUUCUCGCUCUCUAGGGCCGAGAUAAGAUUUAUUAGUUUUCCACUCUAGUGUGUGUACUACGUUUUUGUUCCUAUGCAUCAUCUCUUGAAAAUUUAUUAUAUACCACCUGUUUUCCUAGACUAACUAGUUCUGAUGAAUUUGACUUUGGUUGUGGUGGAUAAAAUACGUGUAAAUUCACCACAGGCACUUAAAAAAAAUUUAGAAUUUCAGAAAGUUCUAGCAUAUCGGAAUUCGUGUGAGCAGUCUAUAGCAUCUUUGCUGUUAUGAAAAAAAAUAAAAAAAAAAUCAAUUUUCGUUGGCUACA